CUUCGCUACCAUGCAAGCUUAGAUUUUUUUUUUGACGAUUAUCCUGUCCUUUUAUAUUCCUGGAAAUCACAACAAAGUGUUGCGGCUUCGAGAUCUUCUUCGCCUUUUCUUUUUUUUUUUUUUUUCCUCUUGUUCCUUUCCCUCUCCUUGCCUGGUGAGGGGCACUAGAGCCGGUGAUUCGUGUUUUUUUUUUCUCUCUCCCUCCCUUUCCCCCUCCCCACCCCCUCCCCAAUAACCCCCAACACCGACGCCGCCACCAAAAAUUCAAUAAAAUGAGCUCCUAUUUCGUCAACUCACUGUUCUCCAAAUACAAAACUGGGGAGUCCCUGCGCCCCAACUAUUAUGACUGCGGGUUCGCCCAGGAUUUGGGCGGAAGACCCACCGUGGUGUAUGGACCCAGUACCGGAGGCAGCUUCCAGCAUCCGACGCAAAUUCAGGAAUUCUAUCACGGGGCGUCCUCGCUCUCCACGUCCCCGUACCAGCAGAACCCGUGCGCGGUGGCUUGUCAUGGGGAUCCGAGCAACUUCUACGGUUACGACCCGCUGCAGAGACAGACGCUCUUCGGGGCCCAGGACUCGGACCUGGUGCAGUAUGCCGACUGCAAGCUCGCCGCCGCCAACGGCCUUGGGGAAGAAGCGGAGGGCUCGGAGCAGAGCCCUUCUCCCACGCAGCUCUUCCCCUGGAUGCGACCGCAAGCAGCCGCCGGACGCAGGCGAGGCAGACAAACCUACAGUCGCUACCAGACACUGGAGCUGGAAAAGGAGUUUCUGUUUAAUCCUUAUCUGACUCGCAAGCGGCGGAUCGAGGUGUCGCAUGCCCUGGGACUGACAGAGAGACAAGUCAAAAUCUGGUUCCAGAACCGGAGAAUGAAGUGGAAAAAGGAGAACAACAAAGAUAAGUUUCCCAGCAGCAAGUGCGAGCAGGAAGAGUUGGAAAAACAGAAAAUGGAACGGGCCCAGGAGGCGGAGGAAGAGGGGGAAGGACAGAAAGCAGACAAAAAAUAGGCUUUGCCGACAGACUGCGAGGGACGGUGGAUGGAUUGGUCGUUCGACACCCCUUCCCUUCCUUUUCCUUCCCUUCCCUAGUGGCGCCAGGGAGCCAGCAAGCCCAACUCCACCACCCUGCCCCCCCCUCCCUGCUCCUAGUCACCCCGCUCUGGCUGUAAUCAGGCUGUAUGCAUCACCUUUCCUGAUCGACCUUUGAUACAACCGAACUAUAUGCAAAGAGCAAGUUAUUCUAAGCAGGUUAGCUGUGAGGCAGCUUUCUCCGCCUAUGCCCGUUGUUUCUAGUGGUAGUGUAUUGUACUAGCUUCUGUAUACCAUAACUGUGAGUUCUCUUUGAGUUUCUUCCUUUUCUCUAAACGGGGCCAAAAAAAUUAUUAGAAAAAAAAACACAAAGGCCUCCCCCCGCUUUCAAUGCUAGAGUCCCUUCUGUAAAAAUUGGCAUUGUGCAAUUAUGAUUUUUUUCUUUUCGUGGUUCUUUGUAUUGACUGAGGUAUCUAUUUCUGAUAAGUCAUCCCAACAACAUGAAACUGCCUAUUUAUGCUGUAGUUAUCUCUGUCUCUCUUUCUCUCCCCGUCUUCAUUGCCCCGAUCCUUCCUUUCCCCCCUCCUCUUUCCCCCAUCCCUGCUUCCCUCUCGCUCGCUUUUUUUCUCCCUUUGGUUGACAAUUUCGUCUUAAGUGUUUCUCAAAAGAGGUUACUUUAGUUAGCAUGCGCACAGUGGAACAAUUGUUAAAGUGUUCUUAGGUUUACUGUGAAGAGAAUGUAUCCUGUAUCCGUGAAUUGCUUUAUGGGGGGGAGGGGGGACUAAUUAUAUAUUUUGUUGUGCCUCUAUACUUUGUUCUGUUGUCUGCGCCUGAAAAGGGCGGAAGAGUUACAAUAA